ACAAACAAGUUAAACUAAACCUCAGGCUCUAAAUGACCGCCGCCUUCCCUGGUUCUGGCUCGACAAAGUGGGGAUAACCUACGUCGCGCAAGUGCGGUGUAGCGCCGGAGCCCAGUGAGUCCGGGGAGUCCGGGCAAGUAGAACUAUCGGUAGGGUGGUGUUGACGCGUUUGGCGACGCAAACAGCUCGUACCAUCUCAUCGCCAACAACCCCGGAAUAUCAGUUUUAUAUGUGCGUAUCGGGACAGAAGAUCUUCUCCAGGUGAGCUCGAAUCUCCAGAAAAGAUUUGGAUCUUCGUCUGCAAAAAUUCCGGCACCGCGAACUGUCACUUCGAUCGCCAUUUUGUGCCGGGAAUGCGCGCCGUCGCCGACACUGCUCGUGCUCGCCGGUACAUCGCGAAAGGACGAAGUCAAGGAACGACCUCAGGAAAGAAUUUCGGCAGAAAAGUGGUGUGGACCAGUGCAGCGACCACCACGAGGGCAGUUGACACGUCCUACGACAAAGUGAAUUAGAGGAAUAGAGGAUGAAGGAGUGAGAUAGAUAGUGAAGUAGAUUUCGAGUGAGAAGGGAACCGAGUGAUUGUCAGUGUGUGUGCGAGGAAACGAGAAAGACAUUUUUGGAAGAGCCGUGUGUGGCACGUUAAAAGUUUUGUAGAUCAACGGGGGUCCUUCGCGACAUUCUAGGGGAAAGUGUAACUUAUUUCCAUUCAUUGUUUCCCCAACACGAUAUAAGGAUAGCUGGUCUUUCUCGUUAAGAGGAUACAACGUUUUUUGCAUAGAAGGGUUAAUAUUCAAUUGUUGGAGUAUGCUCUAUGGUUGACGUCGGAUGAAAGGAAGCAUCAGCGAACACGAUUUUGGUAGAGAAGAACGGCUCAAGGAAGCUGUUGCUUCCAGUGCCGUGCAGCGGAGUAGGGCGAAGAAGAGCUACUCCCGUAGAGUAGGAAGUAGCUCAAGAUGAACAUCUUCGGGAGCAUGCGGAGGAUGGCCGCAGAAAUAUUUUUCGCAAGGCGGCUUCCGCUUCUUCUUCUCCUUCUGGUGCUGCCGAGAUUUCCAAGUCAGAAGCACAAGACAACGGAUGUGAUAAACAACUUUCAUGACCCGGAAGUCGAUAGAAUGAACCAUCUUGUGGUAGACAAGAACACGGGUAGAGUCUAUGUAGGUGCAGUCAAUCGACUGUACCAAUUAGCUCCUGAUCUAAACCUAGUAGUUAAAGUGGUUACGGGUCCCAAAAAAGACAACCCUGAUUGCUCGAUGAUGGAUUGUCCCAAGGAUGUUGAGAAGAAAUUAACUGACAAUGUUAAUAAGGCCUUGGUCAUUGAUUAUACUACCUCCAAACUGAUUUCUUGUGGCAGUCUAUUCCAGGGCAUGUGCACCGUACGAAAUCUGCACAAUAUCUCGGACGUGGUACAAGAAGUACGUGAGCCAGUGGUGGCAAACAAUGGCACAGCCUCAACGGUAGCUUUCAUUGCACCUGGUCCACCAAAUCCACCAGUGUCCCAGGUAAUGUACGUUGGCGUAACCUACACUGGGAAUUCGCCUUAUCGAUCAGAAGUGCCCGCGGUGAGUUCGAGGUCUCUCGACAAGGACAAGAUGUUGAACAUUGCUGAAUCUGCCGUAACCACCGGUACCAGAAUGUACGUCAACUCCCUGUCUAGGGAGCGCUAUCCGAUCAACUACAUCUACGGCUUCAGCAGCGAGGGCUUCAGCUACUUCCUGACCACUCAGAUGAAGAGCACUGAUGCAUCCAUCUACAUUUCCAAGUUGGUCCGCGUCUGCCACGAUGAUCAGCAUUACUACUCAUACACGGAGAUGCCCAUCGACUGCACAAACGAGGGCAGAGUUUACAACCUCGUGCAGGCCGCUUAUGUCGGAAAAGCUGGCUCGGAUUUGGCCGCCGAUCUUGGAAUUACGGCCCAGGACGAUGUGCUCUUUGCCGUCUUCUCCGAGAGCGAUGGACCCAAUAAUAGUCGACCGCGAGCCCAGAGUGCACUCUGCGUUUACUCGCUCAAGGCCAUCAGGCGGAAGUUCAUGAGGAAUAUUCAGCGGUGCUUCAGCGGUGACGGCGAACGAGGUCUUGGAUUCAUCUCGCCGAGUCAUCAGUGCGUGCUCACGAAGCUGCAUACUAUCGGCGAAGAUUUCUGCGGCCUCGACGUAAACACGCCUUUAGGAGGCCAGGAGCCAAUGGCGGCGGUACCUGUUUUAACAUUUGCAACUCACCUCACUGCAGUGGCGGCGACCUCUACCAGUGAUUACACGGUCGUCUUCCUGGGCACGAACAAGGGUCACCUGAAGAAGGUUGUGGUGGAGAGUUCGACGUUGGCCCUGGAGUACGGUGACCUCGAGAUCGACGUCGACAAAGCGGUAAACUCCGACUUGCUCUUUGACUCCCAGUUGAUGCACCUCUACGUCCUGACAGAGAAGAAGGUCUCGAAGGUGAAGGUCCAAGAAUGCUCGGUCUACAAGACCUGCUGGGACUGCCUGGGCGCUAAGGAUCCUUACUGCGGCUGGUGCUCGCUGGAGAACAAGUGCAACCUGCGGAGCGACUGUCAAGAUGCUGCCAAAGAUCCCCUCUACUGGAUCUCCUACAAGAGUGGCCGCUGCACGACCAUCACAACCGUGACACCCGACCAACUACAGAGGACCACUGCGCGAACCCUGGAGCUCGUCAUCGAGAACCUGCCGACCCUCUCGGGACAAUUUCUGUGCGCAUUCUCCGCCCUGGACAAGACCUUGAUUACGAAUGCGACCCGGAAGUCGUACGGCGUCAACUGUACGACCCCAAGGACUGACCUUCUGCCUUCGAUUCCUCCGGGCCAGCAUCACUUUACUGCGCGACUCUCUGUGAGAAUGACGAACGGACCCGACCUGGUGGCGACCAACUUUACCUUCUUCGACUGCAGCACUCACAGUUCCUGCACCCAGUGCGUUUCAUCGAGCUUCCCCUGCGAUUGGUGUGUUGAUGGACAUCGCUGCACUCAUGACACAGCUGAGAACUGCCGGAAUGAUAUCCUCGUUACGGGUGUCAGCAGAAUGGGCCCUAGUUACAGAAGUGGUCCUGCUUUUUGCCCCACCAUCAAUGCUACUGACUCUCAAGAAAUUUUGGUUUCUUCCGGUAUCAAAAAAGCGAUACGAGUUAAAGUUCACAUUAUCGGCCAAUUCAUAAUCCAGACGCGAUUCGUGUGUCAAUUCAAUAUCGAGGGUCGAGUGACGAGCGUAAACGCCCGCCUCUUGGCCGACACAAUUUACUGCGACGACACUGAGUUCUCCUACACUUCUCGCGCGCCCAACAUCACCGUACCCUUCGCCGUGAUCUGGGGUGGCUCCAAGCCGCUCGACAAUCCCGACAACAUUCACGUGGUGAUCUACCGAUGCCGGGACAUGGCCGACAAUUGCGGCAUGUGUCUCGCCCUGGCUCAGAAGUACGGCUGUGGCUGGUGCCAGAGUUCGGACAGAUGUGAGGUCAAGGACCAGUGCGAUCGAGGUCAGGGCGUCUGGCUCAACAGGAAUCAGACCUGUCCGAAUCCCGAGAUUCAUACCUUCGAGCCGAUGAUGGGUCCUUGGGAAGGAAACACCAACGUCACGAUCCGCGGAAUCAAUCUUGGAAAGACCUUUGACGAUAUCUACGCUGGAGUCUCAGUUGCUGGAAUUCAGUGUCAACCCUACCGCGAGCUCUACAUCCGCACCAAACAAAUAGUAUGUCGCGUCGACGGCCCUGGCACCUCCGAGUCCAGAAAAGGCCCCGUGAUCGUAAAAAUCGAAGACUUUCGCGGUCAAUCCGAGUACAAUUUCGAGUUCGUAGAUCCCGUGAUCACAGCAAUCGAUCCCCAAGAAGGCCCCGUCAGUGGGGGCACAACCGUCCGAAUCUACGGCCGAUACAUGAACGCCGGUAGCAAAAUCCAAGCCUUCAUCGACGAGCUUCCCUGCAUGAUCACCAGCACCGAACCGAGUGAAGCCCAAUGCAUGACCAGUGCUAGCGAUCAGCCUCUGAACGGCACUCUGAAGAUGCUUUUCGAUGAGGGCGUUCGCACCUACAGCGGCAAAUUCCGCUACGUUGCGGAUCCCACCAUCGAGAGCGUCGAGAGCGGCGUCGGUGGGCAAAUGAAGAUCCCCAAAGGCAUCCCAGCCGGUGGCAUCAAAAUCACCGUCUCGGGAAAGAAUCUCGCGGUGAUCCGCUCCCCUCAGAUGUACGUCUACUACGACGACAAGAUGUUCGUCUCGCGCUGCACAGUCAUCACAAACACGAGCAUGGUCUGCGAAUCCCCCCAGAUCGAGAUCCCGGAAAAUGUCGUGUUGGACGCGGAAAGACCCUUGUCCUUGGAAUACGGAUUCCGGAUGGACAAUGUCACCGGGGUGCAGAAUCUCUCUCAAGUCUUGUCGAAUCAUUUCCUCCUUUAUCCGAAUCCGAUCUACGACGAGUUUGAGGAAGCGGUCAAGUACUACAAGAGUGACUAUCUGACCAUCAACGGACAACAUCUCGAUCGCGCCUGUCAGGAGUCGGAUGUCGUCGUCCAGAUCGGGAAUAGCUAUUGCAACGUGACUUCUUUGUCGAGACAGCAACUCACCUGCAGGCCGCCAGUCGCACAACCCCCAGCCCUGGACGUGGAGGGUCUCCCGAAUAAGCAAGAACUUCCGGAAGUGGUUGUGAUUGUCGGGUCGACGCUGCGCUUCAAUAUAGGACAACUGAGCUAUGCUCUGCCCGCGGGGCUCAACGGGCCGCUCUCAAAACCCGCGCUCAUCGGCGUGAUAGCCGCGAUAAUUAUCCUCGUCUUCGUCUUCAUCGCCUUCCUGAUCGCAUAUCGUCGGAAGUCGACGGAGAGCAAUCGAGUCCUCAAGAAUAUGCAGGAGCAGAUGGACAUUUUGGAACUGCGGGUCGCGGCCGAGUGCAAGGAGGCUUUUGCGGAACUGCAGACGGAAAUGACUGAUCUGACUGGCGAUUUGACGAGUGGUGGAAUACCGUUCUUGGAUUAUCGCACCUACUCGAUGAAGAUUCUCUUCCCGAAUAUGGAGAAUCAUGUGGUGCUUCAGUGGGACCGACCGGAGUUGCAGCGCAAGGAGAAGGGACUGAGGCUCUUUGGACAGCUGAUUAUGAACAAGACUUUUUUGCUGCUUUUUGUACGCACUCUGGAGAGUAAUAGGUAUUUCUCGAUGAGGGAUCGAGUCAAUGUGGCGAGUCUGAUUAUGGUGACGCUUCAGAGUAAGAUGGAGUAUUGUACGGAUAUUUUGAAGACGCUUCUCGCUGAGCUUAUUGAGAAGUGCAUGGAGGGGAAGAGUCAUCCGAAACUGUUGUUAAGAAGAACUGAGAGCGUCGCGGAAAAAAUGCUCUCGGCUUGGUUCACUUUCCUGCUGUAUAAAUUCAUGCGAGAAUGUGCGGGCGAACCAUUGUACAUGCUCUUCCGUGCGAUGAAACAACAAGUCGAUAAAGGUCCUGUAGAUUCGAUCACAUCAGAGGCGAGGUACUCCUUGUCGGAGGAAAAGUUGAUCAGACAAUCUAUUGAUUUCAAGCACAUGACUGUCUAUGUAUCCAUCUCGCAACAGGCAGUCUUUGUCGGCGGCUUGGAUCCCAACACGGAAAACGUGCCCGUCAAAGUUUUGGACUGUGAUACGAUUUAUCAAGUGAAGGAAAAGUCGCUUGACACCAUCUACAGGGCCACACCUUACAGCCAAAGGCCCAGAAAAGACGACCUCGAUCUGGAAUGGCGAACAGGAGCCUCGGGCCGACUGAUCCUCUACGACGAGGACUCGACGACGAAAAUGGAGGGCGAGUGGAAGAAGCGCAACACUCUGAAUCACUAUCGCGUGCCCGACGGCGCCUCGCUCAAUCUCGUCUCGAAACAGUCCUCCAUCUACAAUCUCUCGAUUCUCUCGGAGAAGACGGACAAGUCCCACAAAUACGAGACCCUCAAUCUGAGUAAAUUCAAUUCGGCGAGUCCGCCGUUGUCGCGCGCCACCUCGCCCCUCAAUCACGACCACGACGGCGGUCUGAAGGCCUGGCAUCUCGUCAAGCACCACGACACGGACGCGCAGAAGGAGGGCGAGCGCGGCAACAAAAUGGUCUCGGAGAUCUACUUGACGCGUCUCCUCGCGACCAAGGGCACGCUGCAGAAGUUCGUCGACGACCUCUUCGAGACGAUAUUCAGCACGGCGCACCGAGGCUCGGCGCUGCCGCUCGCCAUCAAGUACAUGUUCGACUUCCUGGACGACCAGGCUCUGCAUCACGGCAUCUCCGACCCGGAAGUCGUCCACACCUGGAAGAGCAACUCGCUGCCGCUCAGGUUUUGGGUCAAUCUCAUCAAGAAUCCGAACUUCGUCUUCGACAUCCACAAGUCGAAUAUUGUCGACUCGUGUUUGUCUGUUGUCGCCCAAACCUUCAUGGACAGUUGUUCCACGUCUGAUCAUAGAUUAGGUAAGGACUCGCCGAGUUCGAAGUUGCUCUACGCGAAGGACAUUCCAGUGUACAAAGAAUGGGUGGAGCGCUACUACUCGGACAUAAAAAUCAUGCCAGCCAUUUCCGACCAGGACAUGAAUGCCAUGCUCGCCGAAGAAUCUAGAUUACACACCACAGAGUUCAACACAAAUUGCGCCCUCUACGAACUCUACACGUAUGCGGGUAAGUACAACGAACAGUUGAUAGUGACUCUCGAGGAAGACGAGUUCUCGCAAAAGCAGAGGCUGGCGUACAAGCUCGAGCAGGUUCACAAUAUAAUGGCGGCAGAUGCCAAUCCCUGAUGCCCCAUGAACUCAGCAAAGUACAACCUAACGAAACCUCGUCAGGAGUUGCCUUGCUGAGUCAUGACGAUAAGCAUUGUCGAUAAAUUGCCCAGCCUCGUCCGGGCGGCCUAUUUCUGCUUUAAUUGCUCGGGCCAGUUCCUUCCUCCUCGACCAAGUUCUUUCUUCAUGGAAAGAAGAAGAAGAAAAAGAAGAAGAGGAGGAGCAGGAGUAGCAAGUGAGUGAGUUGGCGCAAGAGUAGCGCGCCGGAUGAAUCGCGGAAUAAGUAGAUAAGUAAGUCUUAUUUCGAGAUCAUUCCUCUAUUACCGAUUCUUCCUUCUUCCUAACUUACUUACGUGCAGUGCAAAAGAGAAAAAAAAAA